UUAGACAACCCCCGCCCACCAGACCAUCUCCAGCCAAUCAGAGGCCGUAGAAAUGACAUCAUUGUUAUUUUCAGUGGAGCAGCAGCUUAGAGGUGGAUAAAGUUCGUCUCCACGUUGGAAGUGAUAGAAAGUAUUAUCCCGUUUCAGGCUGUGUUUGUAGUUUUUCACGGAGGAGAGGAAAUCAAAGAGGAUUCUUCAGAUGUGGAAGCAGUGAGGGUUUGGCGGCAGAAGGAACUGCGGUGUUUGUUUAUGAUCGGAUCAAGAAGAAGAGGAAAGUUUUCUCAGGACGCGAAGUUGUCAAGUGAGUUGAACUUCAACAAUAGGCGGACUCGAUCACAAGACAUUUCAGAGAUAAAGUGUCACAGGACGAAUGUAAACGCGCCAUCGGGGACACUUUUGUUUCAUGAAAUAAGGUAAAAACUUUAUGUACAAGAAAAUGGAAGCGACGUUCUACGACGAAGCCGUGAACGCCUCGAACUCUCAGCAUGACGGGACGGCAGCGGUGUACGGCUUCAACCCCAAAACCCUCAAACAGACCAUGACUCUGAACCUAAAUGACCCGAAGAACUUCAAGCCACAACUGAGCGCUAAGGCCCUGGACAUCCUUACGUCCCCUGAUGUGGGACUGCUGAAGCUAGCCUCCCCGGAGCUGGAGAGGCUCAUCAUCCAGUCUUGCACGGGGCUCACGACCCCCACCCCGACGCAGUUCGUCUGUCCCAAGAACAUCACGGACGAGCAGGAGGGGUUCGCGGAAGGGUUUGCCAAAGCUCUUGCUGAGCUCCACUACCAGCAGACCCCUCCUGCCGUGCACCCUGACGCACAGAUCGGGGCGAGCAGCAGCAGCAUGGCAUCCGGCGCUGCUGUGUCCGAAAGCGGCGGGAUCCCCUACAGCUGCACAGUGCGCACAGACCCACCCGAGUACACAAACUUGGGCACCUUCAACCGGCAAAUGGGGUCUGCAUCGGCACCUGCCAGUGAGAGACACCCACCUAUAAGCUACCCCGCCGCCCCACAGCAGUCUCACAGCCACAUGGACCACCAGCAUGCGGCUGCGCAGCACCAGCGGCUCCAUUCGCUCAAAGAGGAGCCGCAGACUGUCCCCGAGAUGUCCGGAGACACCCCGCCGCUCUCCCCCAUCGAUAUGGAGAACCAGGAGCGCAUCAAAGCAGAGAGAAAGCGCAUGAGGAACAGGGUGGCCGCGUCCAAAUGCCGGAAAAGGAAGCUGGAGAGGAUCUCCCGGCUAGAGGACAGGGUCAAAAACCUAAAGAGCCAAAACACGGAGCUGGUUUCCUCAGCCAACGUGCUGCGGGACGAGCUGGCUCUGCUCAAGCAAAAGGUCAUGGACCACGUUAAUAGCGGCUGCCAGCUCAUUUUGACGCAGCAGCUCCAAGCUUUCUAGACUGAAAGGGAGGGAGGGAGGGAGGGGGGGAGAACCAAGGGACGUUUCUUGGGACCAAAUGCAGCUUAAAGUGGGACUGUUCAGCCAUAUCAUUUCAAGAUUUCAGACAAAAUAUCCUCGUAGGCUGUUUCCAGUAAGUUUCUGCAGGAAAAAAAAUGCACCGAUGGAGAGUGACUGUGUAAUUGGUCAGUAUGAUGGUCUGACACCACCAAACUCAGUGCAGGGACGCACUCAGCUCACAGUAAACAUGUGCUUCCUCUAGUGUACAAUUUUGGUAUUUCUGGCAUUUUUGACACUUUUCAUUCAAUGUGUAUUAAAUAAGAAGCAGUAGUAUGUCAGUCUCCCACAAUUCAAACGUAUUGUAAACAGAUUGGAUCUCAUGCAGUCCUGUCAGACAGUCACUUCAUGGGAUCACCUUGCAUCAGACAGAAACAUAGUGUGAACGAAGCCCUCUAUUUCAAGCUGCAUAUACUUGAGUGGAGCACUGAGUCCCACCAGCUUCUUUACAGUUUGUACAGAGUAACACUAACAAUAAAAAAAAAACAUGUUUCACACCUUUUUUCUGCAAGGACUCCUAUAGGUGUGUGUGUAGCGUUUACUGACAAAACCCUGCCUUACUUUCUUAACCCUUUUUUGUUGAUACGAGUUUGUGAUAAAGGUGUAACUAAUGUUAGACCCGAAAUAACACUUUGUAAUAAUAUUUGUACGCUGUAUUUUGAGCACUUCAGAACUGUAAAUAUGACGAAAUAAAAUGUUUGACACGCG